AUGACGGACAUUUACACCGAAUCUACUUCGCCCAAGCCGACCACAGCCUUUGACGAAACCAACAAGGCCGCUGCUCGUCUAAUUAAGCCCAAAGCUAUUCUGUAUACCACUGCUCUUUUGUCAUGGAUGCAACCAUUUCAAAGCGGUUGGUCCACAUCGCAGAUGAAUCUGUCACAAUAUCACGACACCGAUGAGUGUGAUGCCCGGCCUGUGGUGGAGGGAACGUGCCUCAUGUUUCCUGGUCACACGAAGCUUGAAUGGACAUUUGCUGUAAAUGCCUGGAUCUUUGGUGCCAUGCGAUCGUCUUGGUCGUAA